AUGGAACAACAACCGAAUCGUGGACGGGGACGUGGAACGCGUGGUGCACCCGGCGCGGCUGGUGGUCAACCGAACUGGAAACAGGGCGGAGUCCCCGGCACAUCCCAACCUCGGCAACCACAUUCUGCUGCGCCGCAGCAGCAACAAGGUGCCAGUGGCGAUGGAAAUGGUGGAGACGCAGCGAUCCCAAAGACGACUGUAAGAACGGUACCGCGUGGUGGUGGAGACAACGAUGGUAACGGAGGUGCUGGUAAUGGCGGUGCGCUGGGUCGCGGAGCAAUGCGAGGAUCACGUUACGUGCCGGAAGUCAUCGUAACGCGUCGUCCAAACGCACCCUCAAAGCAGGGUAGCUCGGGCAUGAAAAUGGUUGUGAAGACAAACUUUUUCCGGCUGACGCGCAAGAACAAAGAUUCGAUCUUCCAGUACCGUGUCGAUUUUGAACCGACGAUCGAGGAUGGUCGCAUCAUGCAUGCACUGAUUCGUUCCCAAGGAUCGCUCAUUGGACCGUACAUCUUUGAAGGCACGAUGCUUUUCCUGUACAACAAGUUGCGCACGGAAAAGGUCGAGGUGCAGGUGAAGGAUCCGCGGACGGAUGCCCUUUACAAGCUGAAGAUACGUCACGUUGGGACGGUGGACAUGACGUCCGAAAAAGCGAUCAUGAUCCUGAAUCUGAUGCACCGGCAGGCGAUGAGCAGUUUGAAGCUGCUAGUUAUCAACCGCUAUUUCUUCGAUCCGGAGGCGAAAAUCGCUAUCCCGCAGUAUGGGCUGGAGAUGUUCCCGGGAUACGUUACGUCUAUCCGGCAGCACGAACAGGACGUACUGCUGUGUGUGGACAUUACGCAUCGUGUGAUGCGUACCGACACGUGCUACAAGAUAUUGCAGAACAUGCAGCGUCAGCCGGGCAUGUUUAAGGACAACUUCCGUCGCAUGUUGAUUGGGGCUCACGUAAUGUCAGUUUACAAUCAAAAGAUGUACAGGAUAGCUGAUGUAGACUUCAACGUGACGCCCUCGUCGUCGUUCACCACGAAGGAAGGUUCGUCCAUAACGUUUAUGGACUAUUACAAGAAGCAUUACAACAUUACGAUCCGCGACCCGAAGCAACCGAUGCUGGUAUCGAUGCCGAAUGAACGAAUGGAGCGCAGGGGUGUAACAACACCCGUUCUGCUCGUACCAGAGCUGUGCCGUAUGACGGGCAUUACGGAUGAUAUGCGACAGGACUUUCACCUGAUGCGUGCGAUUGCUGACAAUUCGCGUAUUGCGGCGGAUAAACGUAUCCAGCGAUUGGAGCGCUUCAACGAGCGGCUCCAGACUACACCGGCAAGCCGGGAAGUAUUUCAGUUCUGGAAGACGGAGCUGGAACGCCGGUUGGUGGAGGUGCCUGCUCGUACGCUGCGCCAAGAAUCGAUCAUGUUCCGGAUGGAGGGCGAUGGGAUACCGUCCGGACCGGAAGCGGAUUGGGGCCAGGCUUUGCAUCGUAACCAAAUGUUCCGAUCCAUCCCGCUGCACCGCUGGUAUGUAGUGUGCGAGCGGGGCAAGGAAAGCUUGGCGAAAGACUUCCUGGGGUGUGUGAUGCAGGCUGCCCGUGGCAUGAGCUUCAAAGUUUCGGAACCGAGAAUUGCUACGGUGCAGAAUGAUUCCGGCAGUGCGUACAACAGCGUACUGUCCGAACUGCUCAACGAAGAUCUGCAGAUGGUGAUGUGCAUCGUGCCGAACGAUCGGGCCGACCGGUACAGCGUCAUCAAGCGCAAAUGUUGCGUCGAACGGGCACUUCCCUGUCAGGUGAUCAAGGUGCGCACGAUAACACCGAAGAACGGGAACGUUCGUACGCUUAUGUCCGUCGCGACGAAGGUGGCAAUACAGCUCAACUGUAAGCUCGGUGGCAUUCCGUGGAUGGUGAAAAACCCGCUGACCAACGCAAUGGUGGUGGGCUAUGAUGUGUGUCACGAUACGUCCGAUAAGUCGAAAUCGUACGGUGCCAUGGUAGCGACCAUGUACGCACCGAAACAAGUAGAACCAAAGUACUUUUCCACCAUCGACCGUCAUCAGCGCGGCGAAGAGUUGUCCAACUUUAUCGGCUCUGGCAUCGUCAAAGCGCUGCGCUGCUAUCAAUCGUCGUUCGGGGCGGGCAAUUUACCGCGUCGUAUCAUCGUCUAUAGGGACGGUGUUGGCGAGAGCCAGCUGCGGAGUGUGGUUGAUUUUGAGGUGAAGAAAAUCAAACAAAACUUGGCGCAGAUGUACGCGAAUGUGAAAGAAUUUAAACCGCAACUGUCGAUGAUUGUGGUAAGCAAGCGGAUCAAUACGCGCCUGUUUAUGGCCGACCGUAACCCACCGCCGGGAACAAUCGUCGAUGAUAUCAUCACACUGCCGGAAAGGACCGAUUUCUUCCUGAUCUCGCAAACCGUCCGCCAGGGUACGGUUUCGCCGACAUCGUACAACGUCGUGCACGAUGAGAGUGGCCUGACAGCGGACCAGCUGCAGGUGUACACUUCUAAGCAGACCCAUCUGUACUACAAUUGGUGUGGUACGAUCGCUGUACCAGCUGUUUGCCAGUAUGCUCAUAAGCUGGCCUUUUUGACGUCGCAGUUUCUGCACAAUCAGCCUAACCAGAAGUUGGAGAAUCGCCUCUACUAUCUGUAG